AUGCCACGAGAAGAGGUCGCCUUUCAAACGGAUGACAAUGUUACUCUACGCGGCUGGUUCUUCAAGCCCAGCAAUGCAGGCUCUAAACCCCUACCGUGCCUAGUGAUGUGCCAUGGCUGGUCCGUAGUGAAAGAAAUGGGCCUGGACACCUAUGCCGAGCACUUCGUCUCGGAAUUGCCAAUGUCCGUGCUAGCCUAUGAUCACCGAGGCUUUGGCGACAGCGACAUCAAGGACAGGGCACCACGCAACGAGAUCUUGCCUACGCAGCAGACGAGCGACUUUUCGCACGCUAUCACCUAUGCUCAGUCCAGAUCUGACGUUGAUAUGAGCAAGAUUGGCGUCUGGGGAAGUUCUUACAGCGGGGGCCAUGCUCUUUGGGUUGGAGCAGUGGACAGAAGAGUUAAGCUUGUGCUCUGCCAGGUUCCGAUGGUUGAUGGGUGGGCUGUUUUCCACAGGCUGAACCGACCCGACUUAGUCCCAGCCAUUAACGAGAAGUUCCAGGAGGAUCGUCUUUCCCGAGCCACUGGUAACGUCCCCGCCACAAUCCCUAUCAUCCAAGCCGAUCCCACAAAACCACAAGUCUUCCCUACUUCCGACAGCUACCAAUUCUUCUCCUCAUGGGAGAAGAAACUGCCCGGAAAAUGGAAGAACGAAGUAACGGUCCGCAGCUUGGAAGCCCUCCGCGAGUACUACCCCUCCGCCCAUAUUCAUCACAUCUCACCCACUCCGAUACUGAUGAUCGUCGCCGUCGAUGAUGUGCUUACUCCACCGGAUUUGGCGCUCGAGGCCUUUGAGAGGGCUAGACAGCCGAAAGAGUUGUACAUCGUGCCUGGUGGCCAUUUCGAUGGAUACUCUGGCGAAGCAUUUAAGAGGAAUGCACGAAAGCAAGUUGAGUUCCUCAGGAAGUAUUGGUUUGCGAAUUGA